AGUCCGCCUACAUAUAUGGCUGUUCCCAUGUUCAGAACAUUCAAGCACCCACCAUCUUUUCCUUCUUCCAAAAAUUUCUCCAUCGUGUUCUCUUGUAUUGCUACCUUGCCAUACUGCCAAAAAAGUAUGGCUCGCCUUCUUCUGCUUCUAGCUCUUCUAUCCAUGGCUUCAAUGCUCGUCUCGGCCGACACACACUCGGAUUGCGGGUUGGCAGAGACGGCAUUCGGCAUGUGCAUACCUUAUGUGAUGGGCAACGACCCACAGCUCGAUCCCAAAUGCUGCAACGCCGUGCAGUCCGUGAACGACCUAGCAUCCACACAGAAGCUCCGUCGUGACAUCUGUGAUUGCCUCCGCAAAAUGCUGGUUCAUGCCGGAAAGAUCAACUCGGGCCGUCUUGCUGGCCUUCCCGGCAAGUGUAGAAUCAACACCAAUGUUAUCCCUCCCAGCCUCACAUUUGAUUGCUCCACGAUUGCGUAAGUAUGGAACCUGUUGGAGGCUUUGAGUUGAAUCUCAAGAAAUAAAAACAAGGAGGAGAAUUUUUCGUUCUAGGAUUUGAUCUACCUAUCAGUUUCGUGUGGAACUUUAUGGGACUCUUUUUUUCCUUUCCUUUUUGAUGUAAGGUAUAUCAGAGGACAUACUAUUUCCUCUGAUGGUGUGUGAGGAUACUUUCAGUUUUCUUCAACGAGAGGAUUAUCUUUACUAAUUUCGUAAAUACCUGCAGCAAUGGUCUAAUUAAUUUGUCAAUCCCUGUUGUAAUGGUGCUCACGGCCUUCAGCAAUUAGUUUCAUAUACCGACACCCUGUUGUAAUGUCGUGCACUUAACGGAAUACAUAAGUAGAUACCCAAAUUACUGA